ACUUUUCUUUUAAACGAACAGUUAACUAGUAACUGACAACCAAUUCAAGGAGGAAUUUAAACAAUGAAAGUAAUAAAUACCAUUAUAUAAUAAGUAGUUAUACAAAAAAAUAAUUUUUAUUGAUUUUCUGUUUCUGUAUUAAUGUGAUAUGUAUAAUGUGAAGUUUUACGUUGAACACUAAAACAUAGAAGUUUUAUAAUUCGCCAAGUUGGUAGUUACCAUCUGUUAUUACGACAUAUAUUACCUGUAAAUGUCUAAUAUUCAACAGUUGGUUAAUAAAUGUCGAUAUAAAUUUGCAAAACUGACUGAAAAAUUUAACAGUAGCUUAGUGAAACCAAAGUCAUUGUAUAGCUUUGACGAACCUCGUAAUUCGUCAGUUGUAGCCUUUGUACUGUCUUGUCAUGUCCUCUGUUGUGGGACUAAACACCACUAACAUUCAAACGAUAACUCGGCACUCAAACGAUGUAACCAAAUGCUGUUUUUCCAAACGAUUUCAACUGGCAAUUAGUUCCAGCGAUAGAACAGUUUCCGUUUGGAAAUGGUGUUCUGGUCAAAAGUUUGUAGAAGAGUCGUAUUCUCCUCUAACUCAUCACAAGUACAUGGUUUCUAGUGUACAAUUCAAUGGAGAAGGAACUUUAUUAGCUACUUCUUCGAUGGACGGUAAUAUCGCUUUGUGUGAUGUUGAUUCUGGAAAAGUCUUGUCUACAUUAGUACAUAAUAGUCGUACUGGUGUUCGAUCGUCAUGUUUUACUUCAGACUACAAAUGUAUCAUUUCUGCUGGCGAUGAUGGGACUAUGUGUAUUUGGGAUUUAUUUCGAAAAUCUUUAAUCAGAACGCUUUCGGGACAUGAAGAAGCUGUAUCAACAAUUUGUUGUUCUAAAGAUUCUAGAAUAGUUGUAACUGGAGACACAACAGGCGUGGCUAAAAUAUGGUCAAUUUCAGAGCUUACUGAUCCGUGUGGUAAAACAGUGCCAUUAUAUGUUAUAUCUGGUUGCCAUGACAUGGGUGUAAGCUCUGUUGACGUGUCACCAAUAAACCCUAUAACCAAUAAAGGAAAAAUAUACAAUGUUAUGUCAAGUGGUAGUGAUCAUUUAAUAAAACAUUGGCAAGUAGUUUUGUGGAAGUGUAAUUCAAAUUCUUAUCAAUGUGCUGUGAAAUUUAUUAAGUCACUUAAAGGUCAUUCGUCAAUUGUAACUGGUGUGUGCUUCAAUCACGAUGGGAAAAUGCUCGCAUCCACUUCAAUGGAUAAAACUAUUAGAUUAUGGCAGCUGGAUGAGUCUAAUAAUUCGUUAUGUUGUUCAGUACUUGAAGGACAUAACCGGUAUGUUAACACUUGCGUGUUUUCAGAAGAAAGUCUACUGUUGGCAACAGGAUCUAACGACAAAUCAGUAAUUAUUUGGGAUGUAAAGGGUGACAUGGAUAUCUAUUUUCAAAUGAGCACACGAGAAGAAAUAGUUGGAAGUUCCAUAAAUGACACUAAAGCUGAAGUUUCUUUACUAAAAAGAUUCAAUACAUUCAAUAAUGCAGUAAAUUCCUGUGAUUUCAGUAUUGAUAAUAAAAUUUUAAUUGCAGCGGGAAGGGUAUGGAAUCGUGUAAAACACGGACAAUGGCAAGAAGUUGAAUUUUCACCAUUAAGAGCUCAUCACUAUUCCAUACAACAUAUAACAAUAUCUAUGUGCUCAUUGUAUAUGGCAUCAUGUUCAUUAGAUGGAAUAACGAUUAUUUGGGAUUUACGUAUGUUUGAACAAAAAGGUGUGCUGCAUGCUGAUUGCGGUGGAGCAAGGUGUUGUUCAUUUUCUGGUAACUCGAAACUCAUCGCAGUUGCAUAUAAUAAUGAAACGAUAUUUGUAUGGAAUAUAGAAACUUUACAACUAAUUUCAAAGCUGUCUGGGAAUAAUGAAGAUAUAACUUGCGUGACGUUUAGUCCUGAUUCAUAUUAUUUGAUGGCUGGUUGUGUAGAAGGUCAUUUUAGGAUAUGGUCAGUACAUCCUCAGAAACACAUAGUAUCUAAUUCAAGUUCACUAUGCCAAGAUAAUGCUCACGAUAUCGGUAUUACCACCGCACAUUUUGCAUACAAAAACCCAUCAAUAAAACAUUCGUUAUUUCUACUUACCGGUGGUAACGAUGGUUUACUAAAGACGUGGAGGAUGCUCAAUGGUCAAGUUGAUUUUAAAAUGAAAUUUAUUGGACACGGAAGUGAUAUAACUUGUGCGAAAUUUCCACAAAAUACUACCACUUAUUUUGCAUCCACUUCACUUGAUAAGACUGCUAGAAUAUGGCAAACGAAGACUGGAGAAUGCCUCCAUGUAAUAGACCCAAAAAAUGCUAUACUUACUUGUUGUUCGUUUUCAUCAGAUAAUAGAGUAUUAGCUACAGGAUCGUUGGAUAAGACAUUAUUUUUAUGGAAUUUACCAAUAGAAGGCGAAGAUUUCACAUCUAUUAGGAAGUCGGCAUCUCUAGAAAAAACUUAUCAGCGUUUGGACGCUUUAACUAAUAUUGAAAAACAAAAUUUAGAAGUGGAUAUAGUAAAAUUAGCUCCAUCUAUAGAUGCACCUGAAGAGUUAAUCUGUCCAAUAACCCAACAGAUAUUCAGAGAUCCGGUUAUAUGUUCGGAUGGACAUACAUAUGAAAGGGAUGCAAUAGUUUCAUGGUUUCGACGUGGAAAAAUCACUAGUCCACUUACUAAUGAACCGUUAUUGUCAAAAUCAAUGAAGUCAGAUUCUAUCAUAAAAAAGUUGGUCACUUCAUUUGAAAAGCAGAAUCAAAGUUAAAUCAUUUUACCAUAGCACAUUAGCACAUUUUUUCCCGAUAAUUUAUGUAAACUUGUGUAUUGAGAUGUGCUAUCAUUUUAUACGUGAUAACUUUGUUAGAUUAUUUGAACAAUCGCCGUUAUAAUAUUAUUUACAAGAAAUAUAGAUAAAUUUUUUUAAUAUUUAAUGGGGAAAAGUUUUUUUUUGAAAUUACGCUUAUAAGAAUUUAUAAUAAUAGUUGAUGUUGAACUUUUUGUUUUGAUAAGUUUAAUUUUUUAAACUUUAUUUAGUUAAUGAAAUAUAGAACGAUGGUUCACCUAUAACUGACGAAAUAUUAUAAAUAUAAAACAUAGUAUAAUUUUUUUCUUUUUAGAAGUAAUAGUGUAAUACGUUCUAUAAUUUUCAAACCAAUGUUUUGUUCUAUUUCCUCUCCUUCUCUCUUAAAGUUUUAUUAACUCAAGUUUAUUUAAUAGUAACUUAUAUGUUUAUUCAGUUUAAAAUAAGAAAACGGUAGCACAGUGUGGACGUGGCGUAGCUGGGAAAAGUAUAGAUGACAUCUGACAGUGAUUAAAACGCUAUCAUAAGAAACGGUUCGAUGUAAAUCUAUAAAUAGUAUUUCAUUUUAAAAAAUUUGUGAUUAUUCAAAAAGCAAAAUGAACUUUUAUUUUCUUAUUGAUAUCCUGAUUACAAGUUUUAUAAUUAAUACGUGUAAUAUAUGAAUAAAUAUUUAUUAUUGCUA